UGCAGCUCCCAGAGGUGGCGGUUGUGCUAUGAAGGAAGACCCUGCCAAGCUGGCCGACAAGAUGCUGCGCACCCCUAAGUGCUCCAGGUGCCGGAACCAUGGCUUCCUGGUGCCGGUCAAGGGCCACGCGGGGAAGUGCCGCUGGAAGCAGUGCAUUUGCGAGAAGUGCUACCUGAUCACGGAGCGCCAGAAGAUCAUGGCAGCGCAGAAGGUACUCAAGAGGCAGGGCUCCGAGGAGGAGCAGGAGGUGGCUCUGUGUGUCCAGGGGCCUGCGCUGGCCUCCGGGACUGCGGCUGCCCCCCCCCCCCCGCCACUUCCGCCGGUCGCUGCAGGAGACGCGCAGCCUGGCCCCGAGGGCUGUGCUGCUGUCUACUUCCCUGAAAGGCCCCCACGGGGCCCGAGUCCGGGCCCCAGCGCCUUCCAGCCUAGUCUGGCCGGCCGCGGCCACGUGGUGCCAAGCGAACGGGCCGCGCUGGUGAUGCCCAGUUCGGUGGGGCCCCAGCUUGGCUUGGAGGCCGCAGCCGGGGGAUGCCCUGGCCGCCUGGAUCUGCGCAGGCCUGUGCGGCCCGUGCCCAGCCCGCCGUUCGCCGACUUCGGGUUCCCUCGGAACAUCAACUCGGAUUGUGUGAUGGGGUCUGACUACCUGGAGAGAGAGCCUUCGAAGCUGUACCCUGGCUGCCCCAGCAUGCACUCCUACCGCCCGUAUCCACUGGGCUACCAGGAUGCUUCCCCGACCUCGGGAAUCCCCCUGCAGAGGGGCUUCAGGCAUGUCUCCUGCAGCCAUUACCAUGGCACUGGCUUGGUGCCAGAACCGGUGGGAGACUUCCAGCCAAGCUUCUACCCGCCGCCACCACCGCCUCCGCAGCCCCAGUUUCUCCCGCCAGGCUAUCUCGCUGCGCUCCACCUCCUCCCACCGCCACCUCCACCACCACCACCACCGACUUUCUCGCUGACUGUCCUGUCUGAUACUGACAAGGAGAACACUGACGACCAGGAUGCGGAGAUGCCCUCUGAGCCCAGCCAGCCGUCCUCUCAGGAGCAGUCUGACUAAUCCCUAGCCCGCCCUCCAGGCCAGCAAAGUGGGGUGUUGAGGGGGUGACAGUGAUAAUUUUCUGAUCUGUGUUUAGUGGUGUGUGGGGAGGAAGGAUAUUGAUAGGCGUAAGAUGGCAGUUAAUUCCCAUUUCCAGAUAGGAGGAAGGAGGGUGAUUUCUAAAGUUCUUUAACCCUGAGCUGUAGGAUUGAAGAGGAAUGUGAAGGAAGAGGUUACCAGGGGAGGGCCUGGGCUCUGAGGAGUAGGGGCUGGUGGAAGCUCACGUUUAGAAAUGAAUUUAACCGUCCCUGGGUGUGCUGCCGUUUAUUGUACUAGCCCCGAAGAUGGACUCUGAUUUCCUCAGGCCUGUUCCAGGACAGGAGGCACCGUCUAUUUCAGCCUUCUGCUCCCUUCGCCUGGUCCCUACAGGGCUGGGAGCACGAGACAUUUCACUUUCAGCCCUUCUAUGUGACUGGGGCCAGCAGCCAGACCAGAGGUGUUGACAGCAGGUUCUGCAGCGUCCUGUCUUGCUGCUCGGUCUCCCACCGUCUUCCUGGCCACUGCCCCUUCUCCAGCGGGGUUACUAGUAAGCAUCCUGACCACCAGGGCCAGUUCACUCUCCUCCGUAAAGUUUAAGCCAUUAUAGGCAUCAUUUCUGUUUUUUUUCUUUAAAGAAUCUAUUCAUGUUUGAUUACUUGAUGUUUAUAUAGUGACUGCCAACUUUUAAAAGUAGGCUGUCGGUAAAUACUGAUGCCGUUCCCAGAGAAUAGAAUGGUGCUUUCAAGCGCCCGUGACAUCAGAAGUUUCUUCUCUGGGGACAGUUAACUGUUGAAAUAAAAUGAGC